GAUGACUCUUGGAUUAGUGCCAAAGAGGAAGUGAAAUCCCCUGAAGCAAACAAAACUGUAAGUGUUGUCAAUUUAUUGCAACAGAUAAAACGUUCCCACCUACCGCUGAAUCACUGAUAGUGAGGUGUAUUGCUUCAGAGGUUAAAUCAUUUUUUUCUGAUGGUGCACAGGAGAUAUAAAAGGAAGACAAGUUCUGCAAGCUUUCCAUCCAGAAGCUGCUUUCUGUCUGCCAUCUGCUUGAAUCUAAGUGACUACAGCCCCCUCUCUGAGUUUGAAAAUGGUGACUUACCAAGCAACGGUACACACUGCUGACCUCGACAACGCCGGCACUUUAACCAAUGUCUUCGUUAAGCUGGUCGGCACAGAUGGGGAGAGUGAACGCCAAUUGCUCAGAGGAUGUAAUGGGGCUUCAUCAUUCAAAAGAGGAGCGGUAUCUAGUUUCACCGUGUCCUGCCCUGCCUCCAUUGGAAAGCUGGUCCUGAUAGAGCUGGAGAAAAAACAUUUCCUGUUAUCCAAAAAUGGUCAGCCGGAUUCCACAGGGCACUCCUGGUUCCCUGCCAAGGUGGAAGUGACAUCUCCUGAGGGAGAGACCUACGACUUUCCCAUCUACCGCUGGAUCUCUGACAGCGAGGUGCACCGCUUCAGAGAGGGAACAGCUUUGAGAGUCUUUGAAGACAGCCAUCGUUAUGGCCUGUACAGUCGGGAGCAGGAGCUGUGCCAGCGAAAGAGAGACUAUCACUGGCAUGUGUAUGCUGAGGGGAUACCCCAAUGCCUGAAGGCAUUGGACAUUUGGCAUCUGCCUCAUGAGGUCAUCUUCUCAUUGCGCAAGGACUUGGAGGUUGUUUACACUCUACAGUCAGGGAUACUUCAACUGCAACUGGAGGGACUGGCUAAUUCCAAGGAGAACUGGUCUGAUAUUGAUGAUAUCAAUAAGGUGUUCUGCUCCAGGAAGACUGAAAUAUAUGACUAUGUCCGGCGACAUUGGAAAGAGGACAGUUUUUUUGGCUACCAGUACUUGAAUGGUAUCAACCCCAUAUUGAUCCGACGCUGUUCAGCUCUGCCAGAUAACUUCCCUGUCACUGACAACAUGGUCUUCCCCGGUGGACAGUGUAGCUUGGCAGAUGAAAUGAAGAAAGGCAACAUGUUCCUGUGUGACUACAAGCGUUUGGAUGGACUAGAAGUAAACAACGUCGAUGGGAAGAGGCAGUACUUGAUGGCUCCUCUUGUCCUGCUCCACAAAACACCUGAUGAUAAGCUGAUGCCAAUUGCUAUUCAGCUGAAGCAGACUCCAGCAGAUGACAAUCCCAUCUUCUUCCCCACUGAUUCUGAGUACGACUGGCUGCUGGCCAAGAUUUUUGUGAGAAGUGCAGAUUUCAACGAGCAUGAGCUCAACACUCACCUGCUGCGCACUCAUCUGCUGGCUGAGGUGUUUGCAGUGUCGCUGCUGCGCAACCUGCCCAUGGUGCACCCACUGUACAAGCUCCUCAUACCUCACACUAGCGGCACUCUAGUGAUCAACAACCUGGCUCGAGCUCUGCUAAUAUCUGAGAAUGGAUUUUUCAAAAAGUAUACAGCUACUGGUGGAGAGGGGGUGACCACACUCCUGCAGAGAUCUCUGUCCUCAAUGACCUACAGCUCUCUCUGCAUACCAGAAGACAUUGCUGAGCGUGGGCUGGAGGAUGUGCCGAACUUCUACUACAGAGAUGAUGGACUCAAGCUUUGGGACGUCAUCCACAGGUUUGUGCAGAGAGUGCUCGGCUUCUAUUACAAGAGUGACGACGAGGUCCUGAAAGACUCUGAACUGCAGAAGUGGAUUGCUGAUAUCUAUGAACAUGGUUUCCUUUCCCAAGCAAGCACAGGAAUUCCUCAGAGUUUUACCACUGUGGCUGAGAUGGUCAAGUUUGUCACCAUGGUGAUCUUCACUGGCUCAGCACAGCACUCAGCUGUGAACGGUGGACAGUACGACUACAGUGGCUGGAUGCCCAACAGUCCCGUCUCCCUGCAGCAUCCUCCACCAACCACAAAGGGGACAACAAGUAAGGCCACAAUGCUGCAGACAUUGCCUAACAAGGGCGCAACAGCUAACGGAAUGGCCGUCUUGUGGCUACUCAGCCAGCAGUACUCUGACUUCGUCCCUCUUGGCCAUUACCCAAUGAGACAUUUCAGUGAGGAGGUUCCCUGCAAGCUGAUCAAGGUUUUUCAAGCAGAGCUUGAAGUGUUAAGUGCACACAUCAAAGCCAGAAACAAAAGUCUGGAGAUCCCAUACACAUACCUGACUCAAGCAGAGGUUGAUAACAGUGUGGCCAUUUGAACAUGAGAAGGCGUGACCUCCUCAGCUUUCGGCCAAAAUCCAGCUUCAUGUCAACCAUCAAAAAGAAAUUACUGCAAGAUUAGAUGAAAACUGUUACUAAUGACUUAUUGUUUAAAAUGAUGUAAAAAAUAAUUGUAGGGAGCUAUGCUUUGCUAAAUUAACCGUUAGCUAUGUUGUGUAAUGUGCAUGUUAAAACAAAUUACUAGAAGGAAGAUUAAAUCUGACUGAACUGUAUCUGUUCCUUCUGUGCCAUAUUUAAUAAAGAACUCAUUCAAAGCA